AUGGCUUUGAACGAUUAUGACUUUCCACCACUUCCCCCCCGGGAGCACGCCCAAUUCACAAGAAGAAAUUUCGCAGCUCUUACUACGGAUCAUGCUAAGCGAAUGCUGCCAACAAGAUCUUCCGCCAUGAUUGUUACCCUGUACGACUUGCCGGAUGAGCUGAUUCUCGAAAUAAUAAAAUAUCUAACCCCUGUGGAUUUGCGCAAGUCUCAUCUCCGUACCUUGAUAAACUUGGCAAGGACGAACCGACGAUUGCAUGGGCUUGUUACUCCAGAAAUAUUCAGGCGGUACCACAAUAGCUUCGGCGAGCCAUAUCUCUUCCUUCGUACCAUCAUUUCCAACCCGUCGCUGGCCGAGCUGGUUCACAGUGUCGAUAUCAUCUAUGGCUCGUGGACAAGAAAAUCGUCAAAGAAGGCAUCCGAGCACUCGGCUUGCCAGACUGGAAAGGAUGAGUUGCGAAUUGCAAUGCAGAAGAUGCGGACUUCGAAGCGCUGUCGGGCCUAUAUUCCAACUGGCAUCACUUCGACGAUUCGUUGCGCUGGGGCUGUUCGAAGACGGUGCACCGAAAAACGGCGAAGUGGUGCCCUCGAGCGCAUCAUGCCUCCUGCAAGUAGCAAUAUCGAGGAGCUACACCUGAAGAAAGAAUGUUUCGUUUCCAUGGACAAGUUGACAGUCGUAAUUGCAUCAGCACGGCGACUGACGACAUUUUCUUAUGACCUCUGCUCGCCCCUAGUGGCGGAUGAUGAUGAACUCGAACAAAUGCUGGGCUCGAAGAAACUCUCGGAUAUUCUGCACUGUCAAAGAUUCUCCCUCGAAAGCCUUCAGCUGACCACUCAUUUCUCCCAAACCACCCUUCCGUUGGCUAUCCGGUUCCAACGGUUGGGCGCAUUCCAAUCUCUACGACAACUGUACUGUCCCAUCAUGUCCGUCCACUGCAACCACUCAGACAUGUCAACUACUUUCAUGGACAUGUUUCCCUCCUCAUUGGACACGUUGCAUUUGACUGUUCCACCGUACCUCUCCGGUGACACUUGUAAGCGUUCCGUGGAACAUCUAGUGAAGAACUAUCCUGUGCUUGCACCUGCUCUGCGAGAGCUGCGUCUUUUGCCACUGAGCUACAUUGGUAUGUACUGCUGGGUUGGUUAUAUCAUGACGGAGUCAGCGGGUGAUGUUGGCAUGGUCUUGCCGGCGUGUGGGCUUUAUGCGCAGAGUGCGUUCCUAGUGAGUCCUUGA